AGAUAGCGAGUUUUGCCCCCAAAACAGCGAUCGAGGGAAUUUAUGAGCACGAGAUCUCGAUUCCCAAUACACGGUUUGGAAUCGAGGCACAAUGCAAAUGAAUCCUGUUUGGAAGCUGGCUCUUGGGUUAUUACUUCUUGGUUCAGUUAUUGGCUCUUUUGCGGAACUUGACUUUGGUCAUUGCGAAAGACUUGUGAAAAAGUGGGCUGAUUCUUCUUCAUCUCGUGAAGAACAUGUUAAAAAAGACAAACGCUCGCUUCAGGAUUUGCUCUUCUUUCUCCAUGUUCCCCGAACUGGAGGCAGGACAUAUUUUCAUUGUUUCUUGAGGAAGUUGUAUGAUAGCUCUGAGGAAUGUCCUCGAUCUUACGACAAGCUCCACUUCAAUCCAAGGAAGGAAAAGUGCAAGUUGUUGGCCACACAUGAUGAUUAUAGUUUGAUGGCAAAGCUUCCGAGGGAGAGAACUUCGGUGAUGACAAUAGUUCGGGAUCCUGUUGCGCGAGUGUUAAGCACUUAUGAAUUUUCAGUAGAGGUAGCAGCUAGGUUUCUGGUGCACCCCAAUUUAACUUCUGCGUCAAGGAUGUCUAGCCGCAUACGCAAGAGUAAUGUAAUAAGCACGCUAGACAUAUGGCCAUGGAAAUACCUAGUUCCAUGGAUGAGAGAAGACCUGUUUGCUCGGCGAGAUGCACGAAAAGUUAAGGGCGUAGUUAUCAUUGAGGAUGAUAACCCAUAUGACAUGGAGGAGAUGCUUAUGCCUUUGCACAAAUAUCUUGAUGCGCCUACUGCUCAUGACAUAAUCCACAAUGGAGCGACAUUUCAGAUUGCAGGAUUGACAAAUAACUCCCAUUUAUCAGAAGCACAUGAGGUUCGGCAUUGUGUGCAGAAGUUCAAAACCCUUGGUGAGCCUGUUCUCCAAGUUGCCAAGAGGAGGCUGGACAACAUGUUGUAUGUUGGACUGACAGAGGAGCACAGGGAAUCUGCAUCACUUUUUGCCAAUGUAGUGGGUUCUCAAGUGCUGUCUCAAGUGGUUCCGUCCAAUGCAACUGCGAAAACCAAAACCCUUAGAUCAGAAGCAAGUGUCACAAUUUCAGAAUCGGGGUCUGAUAAUAUUCAGAAUGGUACAUCUGAAGUUGCAUUGAAUAACACAGAAGCUAAGAGUGGAAAUAUGACGGUAAAAACCCUUAUGGAAGUCUAUGAAGGCUGCAUCACUCAUUUACGGAAGUCCCAAGGAACCAGACGGGUCAACUCUUUGAAGAGAAUUUCUCCAGCAAAUUUUACCAGAGGGACGCGUACAAGAGUUUCUAAAGAGGUCAUUCAGCAGAUCAAAUCGCUUAACAACCUCGAUGUGGAGCUCUACAAGUAUGCAAAAGAAAUCUUUGCCAAAGAACAUGAAUUAGUGUCGAAUAAGUUGAUAUCAACUUCUAAGAGAAGCAUUGUUGAUCUGCCGAGUGAGUUAAAGAGCGUUUUCGGAGAAAUGGGUGAAGAGAAGCUAUGGAAGUUACCUGAAGCUGAAGCUGAGGAGGACUUCAAAGGUCUUCUUUCUGGUGAUUUCUUUGAUGAUCUCAUCAAUCACCUUGACUGCCCUCUUGAAGACAUCGAUUCCACCAAUGGUGAGGGAGAUUGGGUUGCCAGGUUUCAAGACCUUGAGCCUCCCCCCAUGGAUAUGUUUCCCAGUUUGCCUUCUGAGCUCAUCUCUUGUGCCACUGGAGGUCGUCUGGGGAUUCAAAGGAACAUGAUUCCUGCUUUCAAACAGUCCUGUUCUUCUGAAGCCUUGUCCGGCAUUAAUACCACUCUCCACCAAUCUUCAGCUCCUCCUGAUAUCAAAGUUUCCAAGCUAUUUCAGUCUCUAAGUCCAGUGUCAGUUCUCGAGAACAGUUAUGGUUCUCUCUCCACCCAGAACUCCGGAUCUCAGAGAUUGGCUUUCCCUGUGAAAGGCAUGAGAAGCAAGCGCAAACGCCCCACAACACUGAGACUUAGCUACCUUUUCCCCUCUGAACUUAGAAAGCCCGAGAAGUCAACUCCUGCCGAAUCAGAAUCCGAGAGUUACUAUUCUUCUGAGCAACAUGCCAAGAAGAAACGCAAGAUCCACCUGACCACCCACACGGUGUCUUCCAGUUCUGAGGCAAGCAACUCAGAUGGGAUAGUCCGGAAAUGCACUCAUUGUGAGACAACCAAGACCCCGCAGUGGAGGGAAGGACCCAAAGGACGAAAGACCCUCUGCAACGCUUGCGGGGUGCGGUUCAGAUCUGGUCGUCUAGUUCCAGAAUACCGACCAGCCUCAAGCCCGACCUUCAUCCCAUCUGUGCAUUCAAACUCACACAGGAAGAUCGUUGAAAUGAGAAGGAAGGACGACGAACAGUUUGAUACCAGCAUGAUGCGGGCAGUGAUAUCCAGAGGUAGACAGCAUAGCAUGAAUUGGUUACCUGAAGCUGAAGCUGAGGAGCACUUCAAAGGUCUUCUCUCUGGUGAUUUCUUUGAUGGUCUCACCAAUCACCUUGAUUGCCCACUUGAAGACAUCGAUUCCACCAAUGUUGAGGGUGAUUGGGUUGCUAGGUUUCAAGACCUUGAGCCUCCUCCCAUGGAUAUGUUCCCUGCUUUGCCUUCUGAGCUCACCUCUUUUGCCAUUCGCAAGGACAAGGGCGCUCGUGUGGGCAUUCGCAAGAACAUGAAACAGUCCUGUUCUUCUCAAGCCUUGUCUGGCAUCAACAGCACUUUCCUCCAAUCUUCAGCGCCUCCCGAAAUCAAUGUUUCAAAGCUAUUUCAGUCUUUAGGUCCAGUAUCAGUUCUUGAGAGAUUGGCUUUCCCUGUGAAAGGCAUGAGAACCAAGCGCAAACGCCCCACAACACUGAGACUUAGCUACCUUUUCCCCUUUGAGCCCAGAAACCCUGAGAAGUCAACUCCGGGCGAAUCAGAAGCCGAGAGUUACUAUUAUUCUGAGCAACAUGCCAAGAAGAAACACAAGAUUCACCUGAUCACCCACACGGUGUCUUCCAGUUUUGAGGCAAGUAACUCCGAUGGGAUAGUCCGGAAAUGCACUCAUUGUGAGACAACCAAGACCCCGCAGUGGAGGGAAGGACCCUGUGGACCGAAGACCCUCUGCAACGCUUGCGGGGUCCGGUUCAAAUCUGGUCGUUUAGUUCCAGAAUACCGACCAGCCUCAAGCCCGACCUUCAUCCCAUCUGUGCAUUCAAACUCACACAGGAAGAUCAUUGAGAUGAGAAGGAAGGACGACGAACAGUUUGAUACCAGCAUGAUUCGGGCAGUGAUAUCCGGAGCAUAAGGACAAGAGGGUAAAGCAGUUUUAAGUUUGGUCUCUGAUCUGCAGAAAUGGGAACUCAAGUGAAGGAAGAAUAUGGUAUAAAAGUAGGGGUUAGUGACUGGUUUCAAAUCUGAUGAAGAGAGUUUAGGGGUUUAGUUGAAUUUAGGUAUAUUAAAUAUUGUUGUUUGAU